AUGGAGAUCAGUACAAGAUUAGAUACCUCAAAUCGCCCAGAUGAGUGGAAGAUUGAACAGGGCAUGGCUGGCCACAAGCUGCCCAUCCUGGAUCAAACCGGCAGCGAAACCGUCCAUGUUUAUCCCCCUUCCUCCGCUCACAGUUUCAAGAAUGAAAAAGCCAUCGAGGCUGUCGGGGACCGGGAAAAGCUGUUUUCGCGAGAGCGCGAUGGUUGGGAAGGAUACAUCGAAUGGGAAGAAUUCCCGGAAAAAAAAGCACAGGCACACAAGAUCCUCACAUCGCAGUCAUUUCCCGAAUGUCCAGACUACAUGUUUGGACCGAUUCCGGACACCAAUCCGGUACUCACGGGAGAUGACUUCAAGGCCUGGCAUGCAGCGCUGGGCGGCGAGCUCACCACGGCAGCGGAUGAUUCCUGGCGUAUAGUCUUGGAGGAGAAACAUCCGGAUAUGCUUCACCUCCUUCAAUUUCCGUAUAACGGCGAGCCUCCCAAACGGCUCACCACUUCCGAGGUGGUCACACCCAACCCCCUUCAUUUUGUGCGGAAUCACGGAGGGAUCCCAAUCAUCGACAAGGACAAGUGGGAUCUCCGACUCGACGGUCUGGUGGCCAAUCCCAAGACUUAUUCCCUGGAGGAGUUGAUGGAUGAGUCUCGCUUCCCUCGUAUAGAAAAGACCGCCACGAUGCAGUGCUCGGGGACUCGACGGAUUGAGCAAAUCAAUGAGUACGGAGGUCAGGGCGACGAAGUGCCCCAAGCUCCGUGGGCCGAAGGUGCGAUUGGCACCGCACGCUACGUGGGCAUCAGCUUGAAGAAGGUGAUUAAAGACUGCGGGGGUCUCGUUGGGGGAGCGAAACAUCUUGAAUUUUACGGCGUUGAUACCUAUGUCAAAGAUCUCGAAGUCGGGAACUAUGUCGUGAGUGUUCCCUGGUCCAAGGUGAAAGCCAACGAGGUGAUCUUGGCAUGGGAGAUGAAUGGCGAGCCUCUACCCAAGAUCCACGGGUAUCCUCUCCGCGUAGUCGUCCUCGGCUAUAUCGGUGCUCGCAGUGUCAAGUGGCUCUACCGGAUCAAGGCCAUCGAGAACUCCUCUCGAGCCCCCGUGCAGGCCAAGGAGUAUCUCUACUUCAAUCAGCAAGUGGGCAAGUAUAACCUACGCCCGACGGAUGGGAUUCAGAUCCAGGAGAUGCCCGUCAGCUCGGCGAUCAUGACACCGUGGACUAAACAAACCAUCAUCCACAAUGGCAAGAUUCACUGCAAAGGCUGGGCAUAUUCAGGCGGAGGUCGAUGGCCCGAGCGAGUCGAAGUGUCUGUCGAUGGAGGUUUCAGCUGGUACGCCGUACCUCCAGAGAAGAUGUCGGAGAAAGGGCGCUGGAGAUGGCGCACAUGGGAAAUCGACGUCCCAUGUGACGUGGAAGGUUGGAUUGAGAUUGUGUGUCGCUGCUGGGACAAUGCUCUCAAUACACAGCCUUUGAAUGUGCGGGCAGCGUGGAAUUGGGGUCUGCAUGUGACCUCGUCUGCCCAUCGCAUCAAAGUUUACAGUGUCAACAAAAGUCGAGACGUGACCCGCAAGCGCUUGGAGCAGUUUGAACAUCUAGGAAUUCCCCUUGCCCCACUGACCCGCUACGAAGCCGUCUCCUCGCAGACCCCGGAGGAGUACGAGCAAUUCUGGCGAGAUCAUGACCCUCGGGACGUUGACGACUAA